AUGCGCGUAUCCGCAACGACAGUCAGUCUCUUGGCCUCUUUGAUCUCAGCCGACCUUGACAGUCCAAGCUUACUACAGCAAUUCUACGCUCCUGGGCGGUUACUUGGUAACUCCUUCGGAAACCCUGGCGUUAACGCGACGUACGACUAUGUCGUCGUUGGAGCUGGCUUGGCCGGCGCUCUCACGGCAUCCCGGAUUGCAGAGGCGUUGCCGAACAUGACCGUCGCAGUCAUUGAAGCGGGCUCUUUCUAUGAGAUAUCGAACGGUAACUACAGCCAGAUUCCAUACUAUUCGACUAAGUAUGUUGGUCCAAAUCCCGAGGAUUACCAGCCGUUGAUAGAUUGGGGUAUCUUCACCGAGCCUAUACCUGGUGCCAACGGGAGACGCUUUCACUAUGCGCAGGGGAAGACACUUGGGGGUAGUUCGGCACGGAACCAAGAGAUUUAUCACAGAGCGACUAAAGGCUGGUAUGAGUCGUUCGCAAACCUCACUGGAGAUCCCGCCUACCUAUGGGAAAACAUGUUUCCCUUCAUGAAGAAAAGCUUCUCGUUCACACCCCCAGAUUCUCGUUUCCGCGCGAAGAACGCAAGCAACGUCAACUACACGCUUUCUGCUUUCGACGUCCCGGGAGGCCCUGUUCAUUUAAGUUUGCCCAAGUACGCGCAGCCCAUAUCUUCGUACGGUCCAGAAGGAUACGCAGCCGCUGGAAUGAAUGCGGCGAAUGGCUUCCUAGAUGGGAAUCUUUUAGGGUAUGGCUACUGGCCGUUUACCCUGAGGCCCGAGGACAGUACGAGAAGUAGUACCGAGUCUGCUUUUCUUUCUCCGACAGCUGCAAAGACAUCCUUGAAGAUCUACCAGUCCUGCAUGGUGCGUAAGCUUCUCUUCGAUGAGUCCAAGCGCGCCAUAGGUGUGAACGUCACCGUCGCUGGGAUGAAGCCGUUCAUCGUCCAUGCCCGGAAAGAGGUCAUCGUCUCGAGUGGUUUUAUUCAUACUCCCCAACUACUCAUGGUUUCUGGAAUCGGGCCGCGUGAGGUGCUCGAGCGACACAAUAUAAACGUUCUCUCAGACCUCAGCGGCGUGGGUCAGAAUCUCCGAGACACACCCGCUAUUGGUGGUGUCGUCCAUCGCACGAACGUUCCUGGAAGAAGUGCCUGGGAGCGCCAGUCAUCAUCUUUCGAAGCCGCUGUUGAGCAAUACUUGACGAACGGAUCUGGCCCGCUCAGUAGUCCCGCGAGCGAUUUCGCCGCCUGGGAAAGGUUUCCCGAGCGCUUUACGACGAAUAUGAGCCAAUCAACUCUCGACUUUUUGCGGAAUCUACCAAGCGAUUGGCCGAACGUGGAGUAUGUUUUGCAAGCUUCAGAACGCAUUCUGUCCUCGGCCCAGGCUGCUAGCGACACGGGUGUCAUAGGCACAAUCUUGACUUCCACCACGAGCCAGGGAAAUGUUACCAUUCAGUCGGCUGACAAUGCUGUUGCACCCAUCGUCUACGUCGGCUGGCUUGAUUCGCUCGAAGACCAGGAACUUGCUGUAGCGGCAUACAGACGCGCGCGCACGAUUGCAGCCAGCGUAUCCGCGUUUGGAGAAGAGAUAGCGCCGGGGGCGAACAUCACGACCGAUGCGCAGAUCUUACAGUAUAUCAGGACGAAGGGUAUGGGCGCUAUUCAUCACGGCGCCGCGACGUGCGCGAUGGGAAGAGAUGCAUCGAGCGGAGCGGUCGUAGACUCCAAAGCUAGGGUGUUCGGCGUGAGUGGCCUGAGGGUUGUGGAUGCGAGCUCUCUGCCGUUCUCGGCACCAGGACACACGCAGGGUGUCACUUAUGCACAUGCGGAGAAGCUGGCGCAGGAUAUCAUUGAUGCAGCAAAUGAUGUCCAGACUAAUGUAACGUGA